AGAUCAAGGAGGGCUGAUGGCAAAAGAAGUGGAGGUAAUGAUGAAGGCGUGGAAUGAGACAACAGUCCUGGAGUUUGUCCUGGAGGGCUUCCUUGUGGCUCAGCACCUGGGCAAGGUCCUCUUCCUCGUGCACCUGCUGGUGUAUCUGGCCUCAGUCACAGGAAACACUCUCAUAAUCGCCAUCACGUGGACCGAUCCUCGCCUGCAGACCCCGAUGUAUUUCUUCCUCAGGAGUUUCUCCUUCUGCGAGUGCUGUUUCAUCUCCACCGUUAUCCCGAAACUCCUGGCAAUCUUUCUUUUUGGAGACAGAACAAUUCAUUUCACUCCCUGUAUCAUCCAAGCGUUUUCUUUUUUGUUUCUUGGGUCCACAAUUUUCUUCCACAUGGCUGUGAUGUCCUUGGAUCGCUACCUAGCCAUUUGCAAGCCUCUGCGCUACCCAGCCAUCAUGAACCCCAGGGUCUGUUUCCUUCUGGUUUUCUUCAGCUAUGUGCUUUCCUUCAUCCUAGUAACUGGUGUGAUUCUGAGGCUUUCCAGGCUGUCUUUCUGUGGCUCUAAUGUCAUUCCCCACUUCUUCUGUGACCUUGGCUCCUUAAUUCAUCUCUCCUGUUCAGACACCAAAUCUCUUGAAAGCAUGGCCUUCAGUGUCGCUGUGGUUGUCCUUUUCACAUCUGUCCUUGCGGCUAUAUUUGCAUACAGCAACAUACUAAUCUCAAUCAUGCGUCUUCCAUUGGCCAAGGAUCGACAGAAAGCUUUCUCCACCUGCUCAUCCCACCUCAUCGUCCUCUCUCUGAUGUAUGGCAGCUGUGUGUUUAUAUAUGUGAAACCCAAGCAAGUGAGCAGACUUGAAUCCAACAGAGAGGCCGCUCUCGUAAACACGGUAGUGACGCCGCUUCUGAAUCCUGUCAUCUAUACUCUGCGCAACAAGCAGGUCCACCAAGCUCUGAGGGACGCACUAUCCAGGGUGAACUUACGGAAAUAGUAUCAUCUGCUUGGG